AUGACUACCACCUUCAGACCGUCUGCACACCGCAACCGGAUCAUUGGAGGGGAGGAAUGCAGUGAGGACGAGCAUCCUUGGCUGGCACUGCUGUCUGACAGAGUUGGGCCCUAUUGCUCUGCAGUUGUGCUCAACCAGGACUGGGUGAUCACAGCCGCUCACUGCUACACAAGUGAGAUCGAGAUAAGGCUUGGAGUACAUGAUAAAUGGGUAUCCACAGGGCGUGAGCAGAUCAGGAACAGCAAGAAUGGCUGCUUCAACACUAGAAGCCAGUGCUUUCCCAGAGCUUUAUCAGCUUUACCAGUGCUAAUCCAACUGAACAGCUCCAUUGACUUCAAUGAGUAUGUGGCCCCCAUUGACCUGCCUACUGACUGUGCUUCUGUGGGGACAGAGUGCGAAGUAAUGGGCUGGGGCACCACGAGCACGCUGGAAGAGAAUUUUCCUGAUGUUCCUUACUGUGCUUCUGUUAAAAUAACCUCGGACGAGGAAUGUCAGGCUGCUUAUCCAGGGUGCGUGAAUGAGAACAUGGUGUGUGCCGGGGACGAGGAAGAAAGCAAAGGCGCCUGCAAGGGUGACUCUGGGGGACCCCUUAUCUGUAAUGGAAUCCUCCAGGGCACUGUAGCUUUUGGGCCUAAACAUUGUACGAAUCCGUCAUACCCUGCUGUCUACACCAACAUCUGCAAAUAUCUCAACUGGAUCGAGGCUGUUCUUGCAGGAGAUCAAUCUCAGUGCUUUCCCGGUGUAUAAACCCUGACAGAAACCUCGAGUUACUCGUCAGAAUUCCCCCCUCCACUCGUCAGGCAUCACUUUUCACUCGCCACCGGCAAGUAGGCUAGUGGAUUUCCUGAGCCCUACACAUAGCGGCAAUCCCAGGAUAGUGCAUAUUCCCCCUACUCCUGCUGAAUACUAGCACCUUGAAUCAACUGAUGACCCAGUGAUUGUGGCUCUGAUGUGCAUGUGUAACUCUGAAAGAUAGCAACUGACAAAAAGAAAUAAACAAACACA